GCAGCCGCAUUGUUGCGGAGCUUGCAAGCGCAAACCAGGACCGAAAAUGCCGUCGCACAAGACUUUCAAAAUCAAGAUUAAGUUGGCGAAGAAGAUGAGGCAGAAUAGGCCAAUCCCCCACUGGAUCCGAAUGAGGACCGAUAACACUAUCAGGUACAACGCGAAACGCAGGCACUGGCGCCGUACCAAACUAGGGUUUUGAGGUCGAUGCGGAUUUCUGCUU